CUUCUUGUUUUCUCACAGGCCUAAUGUUACAGUUUUUCUGAUUGUGAGUGUGCAGACCAGAUGCUGAGUGUGAAAACAAAUAAUGUUUGAGAAAGGAGGAGUAAUUCAGAACAGGAAACACGUAUGCUAUGGUUAGCUGGUUCCCAUCAUUCGAGAAUCUGUUUUCUCAUUGUGUGAAACUUGUUCAGCAUCGGGAUAAAGGAUAACGACUCUAUGGAUAUACAGAAUUCUUCACCAUGGUAAAACUCGCCAACCCGCUGUAUACAGAGUGGAUUUUGGAGGCAAUCAAAAAGGUAAAGAAGCAAAAACAGCGUCCUUCAGAGGAGAGGAUAUGCAAUGCAGUGUCGUCUUCGCAUGGUUUGGACCGCAAAACUGUUCUGGAACAGUUGGAGUUGAGUGUUAAAGACGGAACUAUUUUAAAAGUCUCCAACAAGGGUCUCAACUCCUACAAGGAUCCUGAUAAUCCUGGGAGAAUAGCACUUCCAAAGCCUCGGAACCAUGGCAAGUUGGAUGGUAAACCAAAUGUGGACUGGAAUAAACUUAUCAAACGGGCAAUCGAGGGCUUGGCCGAGUCUAGUGGCUCAUCCUUGAAGAACAUCGAGCGCUUUCUGAAAGGUCAGAAAGAUGUGUCUGCAUUAUUUGGGGGUGGCGCUGCCUCCAUUUUUCACCAGCAAUUGCGAUUAGCUGUCAAACGUGCUGUUGGCCAUGGAAGGCUCCUUAAAGAUGGACCUCUGUACCAACUCAACACUAAAGCAACCACUAAUGCUGAUGGGAAGGAGAGUUUUGAGUCUCUUUCCUGUCUCCCUCCAGUGUGUCUCCUUCCCCACGAAAAGGAUAAGCCGGUUGCUGAACCAAUUCCUAUCUGCAGUUUCUGCCUUGGUACAAAAGAGCAAAAUCGGGAGAAGAAACCUGAAGAGCUCAUCUCUUGUGCUGACUGUGGCAACAGUGGUCAUCCGUCCUGUUUGAAAUUCUCUCCAGAGUUGACAGUUCGAGUGAAAGCCUUGCGAUGGCAGUGUAUUGAGUGCAAAACAUGCAGUUCCUGUCGAGAUCAGGGCAAAAAUGCUGAUAACAUGCUGUUUUGUGACUCAUGUGACCGUGGCUUUCACAUGGAGUGCUGUGACCCGCCUCUUACCAGGAUGCCAAAAGGUAUGUGGAUAUGUCAAAUAUGUCGGCCACGGAAGAAAGGAAGAAAACUCUUACACAAGAAAGCAGCACAGAUAAAACGACGCUAUGCUAACCCAAUAGGACGUCCCAAAAACAGGUUAAAGAAUCAAAAUACAACAUCAAAAGGCCCUUUCAGCAAAGUUCGAACUGGCCCUGGUCGGGGUCGGAAGCGUAAGAUCACUCUGUCCAGCCAGUCAGCAUCAUCAGAAGGAGGAUACCUGGAGCAGACAGACGUCUUGGACUUCUGCAGAGAUGGCAGCACGACCUUGAAGUUCAACAAGAAAACCAAAGGGCUUAUAGAUGGCCUUACUAAAUUCUUCACUCCCUCCCCUGAUGGACGAAAAGCUCGAGGGGAAGUGGUAGACUAUUCUCAGCAGUAUAGGAUCAAGAAAAAGGGUACCAGGAAAUCUAGCACUUCAGAAUGGCCCACAGACAAUCAAGAUGGCUGGGAUGGAAAACAGGAAAAUGAGGAGCGUUUUUUUGGGAGCCAGGAUGUCUUAACCGAAAAAGACAUGGAGUUGUUUAGAGAUAUUCAGGAACAAGCACUGCAGAAAGUAGGGGUGACUGGCCCUCCUGAUCCACAAGUCCGAUGUCCUUCUGUCAUUGAAUUUGGCAAGUAUGAAAUCCAGACCUGGUACUCCUCUCCAUAUCCACAGGAAUACUCAAGGCUACCCAAGUUGUACCUUUGCGAAUUCUGUCUAAAAUAUAUGAAAAGCAGAACUAUUCUCCAACAGCAUAUGAAAAAAUGGGGCUGGUUUCAUCCUCCAGCCAAUGAAAUUUACAGAAAAAACAAUAUUUCGGUCUUUGAGGUUGAUGGCAACGUCAGCACUAUCUACUGCCAGAAUUUGUGCUUGUUAGCCAAACUCUUCCUGGACCAUAAGACACUCUAUUAUGAUGUGGAGCCGUUUCUUUUCUACGUGCUGACACAGAAUGAUGUCAAGGGCUGUCACCUUGUUGGCUACUUUUCCAAGGAAAAACACUGCCAGCAGAAGUACAAUGUUUCCUGUAUAAUGAUUCUUCCACAAUACCAGCGUAAGGGCUAUGGCAGGUUCCUAAUUGACUUCAGCUAUUUGCUUUCAAAGCGUGAGGGUCAAGCAGGAUCACCAGAGAAGCCCCUGUCAGACCUGGGGCGCCUCUCAUAUAUGGCUUAUUGGAAAAGUGUAAUAUUGGAGUGCCUUUAUCAUCAACGUGACAAACAGUUAAGCAUCAAGAAAUUGAGUAAACUGACUGGAAUCUGCCCUCAAGAUAUCACUUCCACUCUACAUCACCUACGAAUGCUUGACUUCCGUAGUGAUCA